UAUAAAAAUUUUAUGUCAAAAACAAAAAAUCAUAAAAAUUUUGUUAUGUCGAAAGUCGAAGCCUGUCAACACAAAAUAAUUUAAAUAAUGUUGAUUGUAAAUACUCUCUGGUAAAUACCUAAAUGGAUAAAUUAACUGUAAAAGCAAUAUACAAACCGCAAUCCAUAUAAAAUAAUAUAAGUUGUCAACAUGGAUAAAGAAAGAUUUUCAUUGUUACUUUUGGAUCCCGGCGAAAUAUAUUUCGAAGAUUUUAGCGCUGUUUUAAUUCCGCCAGAUACAACUCCAACCACUUACGACAAUAAAAAGCAGGAUGGGAGGCUUAAAAUGUGUUCAAAAUCUUUGGUUUUUGAUCCGAAAGACCUUACAAAGCCGCUUAUUAAAAUUCCAUUAAAAAGUUGCAUAAUUAUCGAAGAAUGGAAAGGAAAGGCGAAAUUUAUUAAAAGUAAAAAUGUGUUGAGCAUUAACUGCAAGGAAUAUGUCGAAAUGUUGGAAGGAAACAUUAUAGCUCCUUAUAAGUUUCGGGAGUCUUCAUAUUUCUUAUUUCUUCUAACUUACGCAAGCAUUUCCAAUUGUUUAGCAAUGAUGUUACAGCUCCAAAGGGCAACUACUCUGCCUUCUGUAGAACAAUCUAAUAUGAUAAGUGCAAUAGUUCAUUCAAAACACUCUAGAGUAACAUUUAAUCCAUUAUGGAUGGAUCUGUAUGAAAAAGUAGUUACUGAAACACAAGCUGAUAAAAUUUGUCCACUAAUUAUUAACCCGGGCAGAGUUUUGUUGUCGACAUUAAGAUUAUAUUUUCAACCUUAUAAUAAUAUAGAGACAAGCCUUGUAAUAAAGAUAAAUUUAAAAAGUAUUAAGCAGAUUGUAAAGAGAAGAUUUUUACUUAGACAUAUCGGCUUAGAAAUUUACUCCUCAGAUAAUACAAAUUCCCAUAUAUAUCUUUCGUUUAGAAAUCAAAAUGAGAGAGAUGGUUUUUAUGAAAAUUUGUUAGAACAACCGGAAUUGCAAUUAAACAAUAUUGAACAAAAUGUAAUUACUUUACAAUGGCAGAAUGGCAUUAUCUCCAAUUUUGAUUAUUUACUUUAUAUAAAUAGUUUAGGUGAUAGAACAGUGAACGAUUUGACUCAGUAUCCAGUAUUUCCUUGGAUCAUAACAAACUAUACCAGCCAAGAACUGGAUUUGUCUGAUCCAAAUAAUUAUAGGGACCUCUCAAAACCUGUUGGUGCUUUAAAUCCUGAUCGCUUGAAAAGAUUAUUAGAUCGAUACAAUGAAAUGGCAAGUCCACAAUUUAUAUAUGGAUCUCAUUAUUCCACUCCUGGAUUUGUUCUUUAUUACUUAGCAAGACUUUAUCCGCAUUAUGUAUUGUGUAUGCAAGGUGGUAGAUUUGAUCAUCCAGAUAGAAUGUUUAACUCUGUAGCAGAUGCGUUCAGAAAUUGUUUUAACAAUAUGUCGGACUUUAAAGAACUGAUACCGGAAUUUUAUGACAGUUCUCAUGAGGGAAAUUUUUUGAAGAAUAGUUUAGGUAUAAAUUUUGGUUUGAGACAUAACAACUUACAAGUGGGUGAUGUUGAAAUGCCUCCGUGGGCAGAAAGUCCAAAACAUUUUGUAGAAACUUUAAGGAACGCGCUAGAGAGCGAUGUUGUCUCAAAUAAUUUACAUAAUUGGAUUGAUCUGAUUUUUGGCUACAAACAAAAAGGGGAAGAGGCAAUAAAGGCCAAAAAUUUGUUCUAUCAUUUGUGCUAUGAAGGCAAUGUAGAUCUAGAUUCUAUAUCAGACUUAAACGAUAAGCAUGCACUUGAAGUCCAAAUUAUGGAAUUUGGUCAAAUACCUAAACAAGUAUUUACAGUUCCCCAUCCUAAAAGAAAGAUAGGCCCUCAGUUACUUACAGAACCUCACCAAAUCGAACAAGAAGAGGAUAUUUUGGAAGAUAUGUGGAAGACUGCUAUAGAUUUAGAACUUUCUGCAAGUUUCAAUAGUCACAAAACAGCAGUUAAUUACAUUUAUAUCAGCGAUGACUGUUCAAAUAUAAUAUCUGUAGGGCACGAUUCAAAGUUAAAAAUGUUUUCUUUGAACCAAAACAGGCAAACCAGAAGUGCCAACAUUGGAAAUAUGCCUCUAAGUUGCUGCAUACCACUGCCAAAUGCCAACACCUUAAUUAUUGGUACUUGGGAUAAUCAGAUAUUACUAUAUGAUUUGGAUUAUGGUAAAGUUACAGUUAAUGUAGAAGCACACGAAGAUACAGUAACCUGUAUGUCUCUUGGAGAAAAAUCUCACUUAUUUGUAUCAGGCAGUAGCGAUUGUUCAGUCAAAAUCUGGAAAGGACUGAACACCAACAUCAAAGAUCUAGCAGUGCAGUGCCUUUAUAAACAUUUGGAUCACAACUCGGCAGUUAACUGUAUUUGUUUUGACAGGGAUGACCAUCACUUAGCUGUUGGUACAGACGAUGGAGAAUUAUACAUUUGGGAAACACAAAAUUUCACAUUAUCUAAGAAAUUUGACAUAUCAAGUAAAAUAAACGCAAUAAACUACAGCUGUGACGGUCAAAAAUUAGCACUGGGUUCGGAAAAUGGAUGUUUUCAAAUCUUAGAUGUUAAUACUGGAUUAUCGGUUUUCAAUAAAACGUUGAAAUCGUCCGUUAAAUCUCUGAAAUGGAGGGGUCAUUUACUUGUUAUCGGUUGUGAUGAUGGUACAUUAUUGAUAUGGGAUAUGUUUCAAGUAAAGAUAUUAUUGGAAAAAAAGGCUCAUUUAGAAAGCAUAUUAACAGUGGAUAUUGCAAAAGAUAAAAGUUUACUGGCAACAGGUAGUCAAGAUAAGGUGAUAAAGGUAUGGAAACCUAAAAAUAUCCACGAUGGAGGUGACUCAUAGCGAUAUAUGGCAUUUAUUGACUCAAUUCUCUUAUCAGUGACUUUAUAGCGUCUAUUUUCAUAUUAAUAAAAAAAGGAAUAUGUGAUAUCGGUAGUAAAUAAGUAAAUAAUUCUUAACGUACUGCGUAAUGUAUUGUAGGUAAUUAAGAUUUUAUAAAUUUAAUAAAAUUUUUAAUUUUUA